UACACGCUUUCAUUAGGGCUGUUAAAGAGCGGUAAAACUAUAUAUCCAUGUCCAAAUAUGCUACACGUUUUAGGGAGGUUAGAUUUGAGAUGUUAGUGCUGCAAUUCAUACAUUUCCACUCCAAAACGUAGUAGCUAGCCUACUCUGUUUCAGAAUAGCCUGGUUCACGUUGCACACAACUGCUACAUCGUUUGUGUAAUUUAAUCGUGGUCUCAAAUUAUAUGACGCGCUAUAAAUGAGAUGCAAUACUCUGGCGACCUCUUUUGGAUAAAAAAAGAAAUGCAUGAUUUUUAACGCGUGAGAUGACCAACCAUUUCCUCAGGCUAUUCGUCAACUUAUCGGAAACGUCCGAACUUUGAUUCGGACAACCGGGUGCUCAGUGACUCAAUCUAGUUGCAGUAGAUGGAGCCUGGUCGCAUGUAUGUAUAAGGGACAGUGAUGUGUAGAGUAGGCUAGCUAGUCACACCUAAGGAGAACAAAAACGUGGUUUUCUGAUCAAAAUAGUGGACUAGCUAUUAUCUUCCCCGUGGAUUCCUUAGAUUGUGGUGAUCGAUGGAGCACGAGGACAGAUGCAGGACAGAUGCAGAGCCUCGGUCUGAUGCCAUUAAAAGAGGGCAUUUCUCCCCCCCCCCCUCCCUCCCCAGCUGCCAAGAUGAUGAAGGAGUGCCUCCAGUUCUUCAUCGAGCCGGCCCAAAAAAUCAAGAUCCGCCUCAAGGAGUCUCGUAAGAAAGGGACGGAUGAUAAGAAAGAACCUUUAGUGGAGAGUCAGCUGUUCAUAAUGGAACUGGCCAGGGAACUCAACAGACUGUGCCAGAGGUCGAAGGUCUUAGCCCACAUCUGGACCAGUGAAGACACCUGGCCUCCCAGUGUGUGUAGACACUUCAUAGUGGAGUGGGCUGCUGUGCUAGAGAAGAGAGGCCAGCUGAGGAGCAUGCAGACAGAGAAGAGGGACUGGAAGACAGGGGGAGAGUAUGACAUGGGAACCCACAAAAGGGUCAUCAUGGACUGGACACACCAGCUCAGAAACAGACCAGAGCCCAGUAUCUGGCCCGGUGAGCCCGUAUUGAUGAUGUUGGAUGAUCUGGAGUUCCAGUGGCAGAGGGGGCGUCUGCCGAACCUUCUCCCAGCCAUGGAGCUGGUCAUGUGGGUGGUGCUGAGUGCAGACAGCCCUGACAAGGAGGACGUAACCAAGCAGUGGCUGGUCAGAAAACAGAGGAGUCAGAAGAGCGAUGCAGCCCGCUACAUUCCCCACAACGUAUGGAACUGGAUCUGUGAUGCUGCAGAGGAAGUGACCCUUGACCCCAAGACAGCCAACCCUGACCUCUUCCUCUCUGAUGACGACAAGCGAAUGCGCUGUGGCCUGGAGCGGCGAGAUAUCCCUAACUGCAGUCGCCGCUUCGACGGCUGGUGGUUUUGCGCUCUGGGAAGCGAGGGCUACAUCUCCGGGCGCCAUUACUGGGAAGUCGAAGUGGGCGACCGGGACUGGCGGCUGGGCAUGGCUAAAGGCUCCGCCCAGAGGAAGGGUUACAGUCCCCUCAACACACAGACGGGCUACCUCACCCUGAGGCUGGAGAGGGGCUCAGACCUCAAGGCGCUGACGGUGCCCGCCACGCCACUGGCCCAGAUGCUGGUGCCCAGAAAGGUAGGGGUCUACCUGGACUAUGAGCAGGGCCAGCUCUCCUUCUACGAUGUGGAGAAGAGGUCCCACAUCUACACGUACAACGAGACCUUCACAGAGAGACUGUUCCCCGUGUUUGGGACUGUAGAGGUGGUGAGGGAUCUGGUGAUCAGGCCGGCACAGACCAGGGAACCCUGCCUCUGCCCUGGACCCUGUCUCUGGUGAUAACGUAUUACAGUGUACUUCAAACCUGGUCCUGGAGAGCUAGCCUGGAGUCCACACGGAUUAUUGUAAUAGUAGCAAAAUUCUGUGUAAAUUCCAGGCUAGUGGAGGGCAGGCUUUUGUUCUGAUCCAGCACUAUCACACCUGAUUCGAUGGUGUGAUGAUUAGUUCAUUCAGGUGUGUUAAAACAAGGCUGGAACAAAUGCAUGCACUCCUUAGGACCUGGGCUGAAGAACAAUUAUUACCUCCUCCCUGUUACACUUUUUAUUACAUUGCCUUCAUGCCAUACUACUUCAAGGUCCAAAGGAACUGUAAAAGAACGUGCUGCCCAAAUUACCCAAAGAUCUGACGUAGUUGAUAUUUAGUUCAGCAAGAGCUUGCACACAGAAGACACACACAGAGAGACACACAGAAAGACACACACACACAGAGAGACAGACAGCUAGGGUUUACAGUCUAUAGUGUAUAAAAGGGAUGGUAGAGAAGGUAGCAUGCAGUACUUCAUUAUUCCUCCGAUUCUCUUAUUCUUAAAUUUUCUGAUUCUCUUCCUGUCUGAUUCUCUUCCUCUCUGAUUCCACUGUCCAGCUUGCAAGAGUCUAACCAUAUUUUUGGAAGUUACGGUUGAUAUUGACAGUGUGUAAAAUGGUGUGAUAACAAUGCUUUUUUUUCAGUCAUCAAUAAAUUAAGAAAAAUCUCAA